UUGAAUAUUAACAUAAACAGACAAUGGACCGUCUUGCUGAUGAUUUUACGCUGGUUACCAAUGACUUGAAAGUACACAAGAGAGCUGCUGGGAAUAUCAAGGAACAAUUGCAUAUAAUUGCAAGGGGUCAAGACGGGAGAAAGUCAAACUCUCUGGACCUGUUACGCUCUCCUAUAAAAGUGGUAAUUCCGAAGCUGCGAGUUCUUUCACGGCUUCCUCCGUUACAGAGCUAUCUCAGGCAGGGGGAGGUUUCGGACUUGUUAGACCUACAGCAUGAGGCGUGCUGGGUUUAUGUGCAGUCGAGUAACGAUGAGUUCAUGCGAGAAGAUAUCGAAACACAAAGAGAGAUAUACAAAGCGGAUCAUAAUGCGGAUCUCGGCAACUUGAAACGUCUUCUACGAGAUUGUCUCCGGAAAAAUGACCUUUCGCAGCAGUUAUCAAGAUUAUCGCCUCAGGAGGUUUCUGCUCUUCGAAGUGCUAUAAAUCUGGAAUUACAAUCCAUCUCUGACCAAGCUUCCGACUCGCAGGCCGCACGAUUGUUUAAAGAGGUAGUUUUGCGCUUAGGGGUUGAAUCGACUCCAGGUAGGAAUACGAAGAGCAUCGUCCAGGAUCUCACAGGAAAAAUCGUAAGGAUAAGCCAGCAUCCAGUUGCUUUCGGUGCCAUAUGUGCUGUGUGGACGGGUGAAUUGUAUGGGAAGCGUGUAGCGUUGUACAGCCCGUCGCCGUAUGCAAACAAGCGACAUGACACAAAUGUCAUGAAGAAUGCUCCUGUAUGGGCGUCUUUCGAUCACCCCAACGUUUCGCCAUUGUUGGGCAUCUGUAGUGAUCUGGAAGGUAAUAAAACGGCUUUGGUGUCACGCUGGAUGGAGAACGGGACAAUCGAAACUUUUGUCAGAGUGAACCCUGGUGCUGAUCGGCUGAAGCUCAUUUCGGGCAUGGCAUCUGGGCUUGCAUAUUUGCACAACAGAUAUCCACCUUACAUACAUGGAUUAUUUAACGGAGCUGCCGUAUUGGUUAAUGAAGAAAAGCAGGCGAUCGUUGGAGGAUUUGCGUCAGCAACUUUCGAAAGGGGUUGGGUGGUUGCAGUGCGGUGGUUGGCCCCCGAAAGCCUAGACAGUGCUAGUGAUCAACUCACACCGGCGUCGGACGUAUACAGUUUCGCUAUGACAGCUUACACGGUUAUGACCGGGACAAUACCAUUCGACGGAAUACGUCAACCAGGACCCAUCAUCGAUCUUCUCAAGAAAGGUGAACGUCCCGCACGACCUGAUCGCAAGCUCGUUCAUCACGGACUUGAUGAUAGACUAUGGGACCUCAUCCGACGAUGUUGGUCGCAAGGUCCGGGAAACCGUCCGACGAUGAACGAAGUCUGUCGAGAGCUGGAGAGGAUGCGCGAACUCCCCGUCUUGGAUGUACGAGAUCUUACUGGUCUGAUCACGCUCCCUAAUGAUGGUCUUACUGGCAUUCGCGCUUGCGGUGCGUUCGGUGAUAUAAGAGUCGGUUUGUUGAAGGAUGUGGGACCCGUUGCGUUGAAGACUUUGAACAUCAAAGGAAGGACACAACCAGUCCUUCGGCACACCAAAAGAUUCUACAGGGAAGCGUCCAUCUGGAACGAAUUGAAGCAUCCAAACGUCCUUCCCUUCCUCGGAACCGCCGAUCCGUUCGGCUUGACGACUUGCCUAGUAUCACCAUGGAUGGAGAAUGGCAAUUUAAUGGAAUAUAUGAAAACGCACGCGGAAGAGUCGGCAAUUCAUAUUGGUGUCGGGAUUACAAGGGGGCUCGAAUACUUACAUGUGCAUAAGCCCAACGCAGUGAUUCACGGUGAUCUAAGAGCGGCCAACGUCCUGAUCUCAAACUCCGGAGAACCAUUACUAUGCGACUUCGGACUGGCUGUGAUAAUCGAGGACCUGGCUCAGAUGCCAAUUUCCUCUGUACUCCAAGAUGCCGGAAACCCGCGAUGGAUGGCUCCAGAACUAUUUGUGGGCGAGCAGCAGGCCAGUAUAAGCACAGCUUCGGACAUUUGGGCGUUAGGAAUGGUCUUCUUGGAGAUCGUGAUGCUUGACGUGCCGUAUCCAGAACUUAAGAGUUCGGCGCAAGUCAUCGUGGAAGUACAUAAGGGCGGACUGCCUUUGAGGCCUACGGGAGAAGAAGUGCUCCGCCGGGGCUUGAGUGAUGAUCUCUGGACGCUCAUGAUGAGUUGUUGGGAGAAGAGUCCGGGUGAUAGACCUUCAGCGAGUGCUGUUCUUAGGGAACUUAAGGUGUAAAAUAAUCAAUCUCAGGUGUACAUUGUAGUCGAUUAAUUAGAAGCAUUU